CCAGCUGCUAACGUCCAGCUGAAGGAGAGUACAACGUUCAUUUGUUUAUAACCUGGCCCUCUCUCUCUCUCUCUCUCUUCUUAUCAGCUGUUAACAGCACAGUGCACGCAGGCUAACUCUUGUUUAACUCUUGUGUAUGACUCGUUUACAUAUUUAAGCCAUCUAGAAUGUUUUUCACAUACAUAGUCCUAGCCCUGGUGACUUUCGUCAUUGGCAAGUAUCUGAGAAAAUUUAUACGGAUGAGGCAAAUAUUUUCUAAGCUACCAUCUCGUUCUGACUACAGUUAUAUUACUGGUACACUACACAAGUAUCCAGGAUUAAACGAGGCUGGCCUUGACUUUGAGGUCAAAAGUUCAGAAGAGUUCAAGUACUUCCAUGUGGUAUGGUUUGGACCACUGGUGCCAAUUGUCAACCUGUUCCACCCAGACUCUGUUCGUCAGGUGGUCAAAUCUUCCGCACCAAAGCCUCGAAGCUCUUACCUAGCAUCGGGAUACGACAUGCUGACUCGUUGGCUGGGUGAAGGUUUGUUGAUAGCCAAUGGGGCAAAGUGGGCCAGAAGUCGUCGUCUGCUGACUCCCGCCUUUCAUUUUGAUAUAUUGAAACAAUACGUAGACGUUUACAACCAGAGUGGAGAUUUGUUGAUCGAAAAGAUGAAGAAACUUUCCAAGACAGAUCAAUCCUUUGACCUGUACCCACUGAUUAAUCUAGACGCGCUAGAUAUCAUUUUAAGAUGUGCUUUCUCUUACAAGUCCAAUUGUCAGACCAAAGAAAAGUCACCAGACGAUUACUCUACAGUCAUAGAAAAAAUACAGCUCAUGGCCGGAGAUAGGUUCUUAAAACCACAUUACUUCAGCGAGUUUAUUUAUAGCUUCACGUCUCAAGGGAGAGAAUUCUAUAGGCUGUGUGAUGUCGCCCACAAAGUAGCAGAGGAAGUAAUAGAAAAAAGAAGGAAAGAACUGGAAACUGAUCCAACUCUAAUGCAUCAGGGCAAAGUAAGAGACUUUUUAGACACGCUGCUGACAGCUCGAGAUGAAGAUGGUGCUGGGCUGAGUCUGUUGGAGAUACGAAAUGAAGUUGACACUUUCUUAUUUGAAGGGCAUGACACAACUGCCAGUGGCAUGACAUGGACGCUAUACUCUUUGGCAAAACAUCCUGAAUACCAGGAGAGAGUUUAUCAAGAAAUUAUGGAUGUACUUCAAGGGAGAGAAAACUUAGAGUGGAGUGACCUGUCUAAACUCGAGUUCACAACCAUGUGUAUCAAAGAAAGCUUACGUCUAAAUGCCACAGUGCCUGUUAUAGAAAGGAAACUUGCCGAAGAUUGUGUUAUUCAAGGCUACACAUUGCCUGCAGGCAGCCGAGUAAGUAUUCAGAUCUAUGCCCUCCAUCACAAUCCCCAUGUCUGGGAAGAGCCUUUUGAAUACAAGCCAGAAAGAUUCCAUCCUGACAAUCAGAAGAACAUGGACCCGUUCCAGUUUCUUCCAUUCUCUGCUGGAUCAAGAAACUGUAUUGGCCAAAAUUUUGCCAUGAACGAGAUGAAAGUAACGAUAAGUAAAGUAAUUCAAAACUUUCAACUAAGUUUAGAUCCUGGCUACGAGGCUCUUAGGUUGCCAGUUGUGACUAUGAAGUCAGAGAAGGGAGUUUUUGUUCGCGCCAAAGCAAGACGAUAAAGACAGAAUUUUUUUCAACUUAAACUCUAAAAGCAAUUUAUAAUGUUUAAACUAUUACUAUAAGGAUGUUAUUUAGAGCUAAACAUGUUAAAUUGUCAAACUUGAUCUAAUUAUUGUAAAUAAAAAGCAUUUUACAUUACUAUAUAAUACAUAAAAGACUUUCCUUGUCUUUUCUUCUGGAUCACUAUGAAGCUUCAUGCUAAAUAUAAACACAUUUUACGACAUAAGGUAGAUAAGUGCACCAGAAAAGACAGAACGCUUUUAAAAAUCGAGGGUACAAUUUUUUUUUAUAAAGAAUUCUGGAACUUUGUAAAUAAUUUCGUUUAAUUUUGUUUCUAGCCUUCUAAGUUAUAAAUUUUUACUUGUAAGUAUUUUUUUAAAAUAGGUUGUCUCAUACCAUAUAUAAAUAAGCAACCUUAAGAAUAACCACACAUUUGUAAUAUAUAUAGUAGAUUGAAUCAACAUGAGUACAGUGGGGAAGACAGUAGUGGUAGCAUUAUAUGAAUCAUUUUAUAAAGAAGUUAAUAUAAUUGAAAGUUCUCUUGAUAGCCUUUUACCAUAGAAAACGAUGAAACAAGCUUGAUAUAUGUGUUUCAAUGUAACAAAAGGGCUAUUAACUUAAAUUGUUAAAUAGAAAAAAUCUACUUUAGUGAGGCAUUUAAAUCCCUGUAAACUGUGGUUCAGUGCCACCCUCUCCAUGAUCAGUUGUUCAGCACUGCCGUACAAAGUGUUGGUUAUGUUGGGCUGUAGUGGUAGUAGGGUCUGCCUAAGGUGGAUUAGGAAAGGGCAUUCAAAGAGGAUAUGGUUUACGGUUUUAUAAUGGUUGGCGCAUUGUUUACAAAGGGUUAGGUGUGUAGAAUUUAUUUUGUUAAGAUGGUAAUUUAAGAGGUGUGUCUCCUGUUCUUAGUUGAAAAACCGUUAAUUGUUCUUUGCGGGGGAGGAAGUUAAUACUGUCCAGUUUUUUUGGCAUGGUCAUUUCUUUGUAUAGUCAUCUACACAUUAUGUGUUCGUAAUAUUGGAUGACUAAAAACUUCCUGCUGUACUUAAAAUCUUACAAUUAUUGAUAUCUACUGUUUAAUAUGUAGAAGAAAAGUAAAAUCUUAAAAACAUG